UGCCUAAUGAGUCUACGCUACUCUUCUUCCAGAUUCCCAACUACCUCACGCCACCGGCGCUUUUAAGACCAGACAUUCCCCCAGGCUCUCUGCUCUUGUCUCACUCCCUCGACGCUUCCACUAGCUUAGCCUGACUCCAUUAUCCAUAUUUCGUAUAGCAUAGAUGCAGGAUCCAACGACCUUCAUCUCGUAAACGAGAAGCUCAUCAGCCUUCCAUCUUGGGAGACGGUUGUCUAUAUAUAUAGAAGUAGAAGCGUUGGAGUCGGAAUAAAGGAUUGUCUUCGAGUUGCAACGGUUUUCUUUUCUCUUGUAGUGCGAGGGGGGCUUCGCUUUGCAGCUAAAUAUGAUUUGGCAUAUCUGAGUUGAUCGGAGGGGUCUUUUUCUCAGUACCAAUGGAGCUAUUUCUUCUUUCCUACAGCUAUGCUCAUACUGCAUUUGCAAGAAUUUGGUUUUGGCUUCUGCUAGUACUCUUUUUUCACAACUGCAGGGGAACUCUCUCAGAUUCAACAUACUUGAUUGGGGUUGGGAGCUAUGACAUAACAGGACCUGCAGCUGAUGUCAACAUGAUGGGGUAUGCUAAUGCCGAGCAGACUGCAUCUGGAAUUCAUUUCCGGCUAAAGGCCCGCUCAUUCAUUGUUGCUGAGCCUGAGGGGAACCGUGUGGUGUUUGUGAAUCUUGAUGCUUGCAUGGCAUCCCAACUUGUUACCAUCAAAGUGAUUGAAAGACUCAAGUCAAGGUAUGGAGGCAUUUACAAUGAACAAAAUGUUGCCAUCAGUGGCAUUCAUACUCAUGCUGGACCUGGGGGUUAUCUUCAAUAUAUUGUGUAUAUUGUAACAUCUCUUGGAUUUGUAAGGCAAUCAUUUGAUGUCAUUGUUGAUGGCAUCGAGAAAAGUAUUAUACAAGCUCAUGAAAACCUCCGACCUGGAAAUAUCUUUGUGAAUAAAGGAGAGCUCCUGGAUGCUGGUGUCAAUCGCAGUCCUAGUGCCUACCUAAAUAAUCCUGCUGCUGAGCGCAGCCAAUACAAGUACAAUGUUGAUAAAGAAAUGACUCUGCUGAAGUUUGUAGAUGAUGAAUGGGGUCCAGUUGGAAGUUUUAACUGGUUUGCAACUCAUGGAACUUCCAUGAGUCGCACAAACUCCUUGAUAAGUGGAGACAACAAAGGAGCUGCUGCACGUUUCAUGGAGGACUGGGCUGAACAAAAGGGUUUUCCUAAAGGAAUCAACAGCAUAUACCAUGAUGCUUUUGGGGUUGGCAGCAAACCAAAGCGAAGAGUCUCUCGCAUAAUUCCUCAGCCACAUGAGAACUUCAAUGAGUUACAGCAACUAGCAUCCUCCUUCCAGGCAUCAGGUGGAAGGUUAUUAGCAAGUUCUUUGAGUGUCUCACAGCGUGUCCGGAGUGAUCAGGACACUGGACUCCCUUGUGAUUUCAACCACAGUACCUGCAAUGGGAAAAAUGAACUCUGCUAUGGCCGUGGCCCAGGAUACCCAGACGAGUUUGAAAGCACGCGCAUCAUCGGUGAAAGGCAAUUCAUCAAAGCUAUGGAUCUCUUCAGUGCCGCAUCUGAGCAAGUAAAAGGGAAGGUUGAUUAUCGCCACACUUACAUAGAUUUCUCCCAGCUUGAGGUUAACCUUCCUUCAAGUAGGGGAGUUCAGGAUGUGAUCCAAACAUGUCCAGCAGCGAUGGGAUUUUCUUUUGCUGCAGGAACCACUGAUGGCCCUGGCGCAUUUGAUUUCAAGCAAGGGGAUAAUAAGGGUAAUCCUUUCUGGAAAUUAGUGAGGAACUUACUGAAAACACCAACUAAGGAGCAAAUUGAAUGUCAGAAGCCAAAGCCUAUUUUACUUGAUACCGGUGAAAUGAAGCAACCAUAUGAUUGGGCGCCUUCGAUACUUCCAAUCCAGAUAAUCCGAAUAGGACAAGUGGUCAUCCUCUGUGUACCUGGAGAAUUCACAACAAUGGCUGGGAGGCGUCUCCGAGAUGCGGUGCAAACAGUACUUACUAGUGGUGGCGCUGGUGAAUUUGGUAGCAAUAUUCACAUUGUUAUUGCUGGGUUGUCGAACACAUACUCUCAAUAUGUGACCACCUUUGAGGAAUACCAGAUCCAAAGAUAUGAGGGAGCAUCGACAUUAUAUGGUCCACAUACAUUGAGUGCCUACAUUCAGGAAUUCAAGAAGCUUGCUUCUGCACUUAUCAGUGGUCAAAAUGUCCCACCAGGCCCACAACCUCCAGAUCUCCUGGACAAGCAAAUCAGCUUGCUCCCUGGAGUUGUGGUGGAUACAACUCCUAUUGGUGUGAAGUUUGGGGAUGCCAGUACUGAUGUUCCUGAGAAUUCUACAUUCAAGCCCGGCGACAUGGUGACAGCCACAUUUUGGUCUGCUUGCCCUAGGAAUGACCUCCUAACUGAUGGUACAUUUGCUCUUGUGGAGAUCUUAGAUGGUAGCAACACUUGGAUUCCUGCCUAUGAUGAUGAUGAUUUCUGUCUGCGUUUCAAAUGGUCAAGGCCUUCAAAGCUUAGUUCUCGGAGCUAUGCAACCAUAGAGUGGUGGAUCCCUGAAACAGUAAUCUCGGGCAUCUAUAGAUUAAGGCAUUUUGGUGCUUCGAAGAGCUUGUUUGGGUCAAUCAAACAUUUCACAGGCGCUUCUCAUGCCUUUGUCGUUUCUUGAUGAAUGAUGGUUUACGGCAGAAGGUAGGAGGUACUUGGUUUUCCACAAGCACGCUUUUUAUUUUUUCCAGGGUGAAAUACUCUUGUUCGGUAUGUUACCAAUCCAAAUCCAAUGUUACAUAGGAUUAAAGAUGGCUUUGGUAAACAGUUGUGAGUUAUUGCUUUUCAUGUAACUCCAGUUGAUGGCUUUGGUAUGAUCGUAAGGUGGGGUUUUUUUACGGUUUGAGAAAAUGGUGGUUAUUCACUAUCACUCAAGUUUUGAUCUGGGGCCUCUCACUUGGAUAAUCAGAUUCAAGAAAAAGGGUUUUUUUUCA